CUGGCCCACGUCGCGGUCCGGAGGCAGAGGGAGGUAUGGCAGGAGAGGCCAAGGGGCUGCCAUCGUGGGCACACUGGUAGCUACUGUGGAUAGGCACUGGGGAGAGACCUCAUCAAGGUGCAUGGCCCAGGGAGGCAGAAUGAAGACAACUCCCCAGCUGCAAGUGUCGGGGAAGGCAUCCCUCAGUGGGAUUGGCCUCCGCCACACUGCCAAGCGGGACCGAAAGUCCAUCACCUUGCAUGUGAAAUUAGAGGUGCUUCGGAGGUUUGAGGAAGGCGAGAAGCUGACUCAGAUUGCCCGGGCCCUAGGGCUGGCCACUUCUACUGUUGCUUCCAUCCGUGUCAACAAGGACAAGAUCCGGGCCAAUUCUCAGGCAGCCACACCGGUAAGUGCCACACAGCUGACCCGCUGCCGGGGUGUGGUGAUGGGCCAUAUGGAACGCUUGCUGAGCCUCUGGAUCGAGGAGCAAAAGCGGCAGAACCUGCCCGUCAGCACGCUGCUCAUCCAGGACAAGGCCCGACGGCUCUUCGUGCAGCUGCAGCACGAGCAGGGUAAUGGCACUCGGGCUGAGACCUUUGGGGCCAGUAAUGGCUGGUUUGCCCGAUUCAAGGCUCGCCACAAUGUGCUUUUGACAGAUGAACCAUCUGUGGCUGACACCCAGGCUGCUGCCCACUACCCCCCAGUGCUGCGCACCAUUCUAGAGGACGGCUGCUACUCACCACGCCAGGUGUUCAAUGUGGAUGAGACUGGCCUGUUCUGGAAGCGGCUCCCAGAGCGCAUGCUGUUGGCCCUGGAAGGGGCAGCUGGACCUGGCCUCAAGACCUCUAAGGACCACCUGACCCUGCUGCUUGGUGGCAAUGCAGCUGGUGAUUUCAAGCUGAAGCCGCUGCUGGUGUACCCCUCGGAGAACCCGCGUGCCCUCAAGGGUUGCUCCAAGGCCAGCCUUCCGGUGGUCUGGCGCUCUAACCGCAACGACUGGCUGACACCCAGCAUCUUCCAGGAGUGGUUUACUAGCUGCUUCUGCCCUGCUGUGGAGAGCUACUGUGCCAGCCACGGCCUCCCACACCGUGCCCUGUUGGUCUUAGACGGUGCACCCUGCCACUCUGCUCACCUGGGUGGCCUCUCACCCCAUGUGCGAGUUGAGUUCCUGCCCAAGAACACAUCAGCCCUGAUUCAGCCCAUGAACCAGGGUAUCAUUGCCACAUUCAAGGCGUAUUACCUGCGCUGUAUGCUUAGCCAGCUGGUCCAGGAGACGUCUGGUGAAGACCGACCCUCUGUGCGGGAGUUCUGGCGCAGCUAUACUGUUGUGACUGCUGUGGACAAUAUAGCCAGAGCCUGGGCAGAGUUGCAGCCCGCCAUCAUGAACAGUGCCUGGAGGAAGCUCUGGCCUGAGUGUGUGCCUCCUGGCACUCCCGAGCCGGACACUGUGCCUCAGCUCCGCCACAGCAUUGUCGCACUAGCCAGUCACGUGGGCCUUGGAGAUGCAGCCGAGGCCGAUGUUGCCAACCUCUUGCAGGCCCAUGGGGAGCCCCCACCCCACGGCCUCCCCCAGGAUGCAGAAGAUGGUGGGGACAUUUGUGACUCUGGGUUGCCGUGGCAGGAAGGGAAAGGCUCGGUGUCCGGAAAACGAGAGCCGGAUUUCACAGAUGCUGUAGUGGGUGUGGGGACUGAAGAUGCUGAUGUGGGUGCUCUGAGCCCUGAGCACCUGGGCCAGGCCCUGUCACACUUUGCUGCUGGUUUACGGGUCCUCCUGGAGAAUGAUCCAAACCGGGAACGCAGCCUCCGGGUGUCUCGGGAUGUCCACUGUGCCCUUGCCCACCUCCGGGAGCUGCACCGGGAAAAGAGGCGACAGGCCCGGGCAGGUGCAUCCUCAGGAGGGCCCAUGGCAGUGGCACCAAGGGAUUUGGCAGGAAACCUGCCCUUGCCCCAAGUGGGGCCCACAGAGGGUGAGGAGGUGGCUAAGGGCACGGGUCAUGAAGGUCAGACCUCUGGUUGUCCUGUAUGAUUUGGGGCUUGGGCUUAACCUCACAUGAUCUCUAACGAUGUUUUGUUUCUGGAGGUCAGAUACUGCUACUUCUUCCCCAGGGUUCUCAUAGCUCAUGUUGUAUUCUUUGUGUAGUGACACCAGGCUUGGGGAAUAGAAGGGUGGUGUUCUCCGAUUGGCAGAUGAACUGCAGGGCCCAGGGAGUGCCCACUCAUGACAGUGACACAUCCUGUAGUAUGGUCUUUGCCCAGCACAGCCUGCCAGGGCAGCUGUCUCAGGGGCCAGAACUGAGACCUGCCUCUCCCAUUUUCCAAACCUGACUUCUUACUCCCUACACCAUUGUGACCCUUCCUUGCCAACUGUAGGUGAGGGUUUCCUGCUCUCAACAUGACCUUUUAUCACUUUACAUGCCAUCUUCAUGGCCUCUGUUGACCUGGGUCUCUGGUACCUUCCCUGUGCCUGAGCACUUUGAUUCUCUGUGGAUUUUGAUACUGGGGAUCACUUCCUUUUUUGGAGAUGUUUUCCUCUCUGAGUUUCUGUGCUAUAGUUGUCUUGGCUUCCCUCUAGCCUUUGAGGUUGAGCCUUUUGUGACUGUGAUGGUCUUCCAGUUCUGGUGCUCUUUGGAAAAUACUAUCCACUCCUCUAAGAGCUGGAUCACCUCAGGGUUAAUUCCUAGUGCACUGGCUGCAGCCUAGCCUCUCCCUGAGCCAGCUCCUCUCCCUGAGCUAGACCCUGAGCUCUGAUUCUGAUGGAUAUGCUCCCACCCCAGUCGUAUUAUCUCCCCUAAUUCGUUUGCUUUCCUGUUCCCCAAACUGUAACACCCGGCAUCAUGGGGUGUCCACCUGACUGCAGAAAUACCACUUGGGUCACCAAAACAGAUAGUCAGCAAGGGAAGGUCUUGUGCUCCAGCUGGAUGAGCCACAGGUGAUGUGAUAGGGAUGUCUGGGCUUUUGGACUCCUUUCAACACAAGUGCACGUGUACGUUAACACAUGCACAUACACACACACAGGCACGCCAAGAAAUAAAAAUGGGAGAAAGGAUUCCCAUUACUUCUGUCCCAGCUAACACCGCACUGAUGGGCUUGCUGUCAACAUAUCCCUGGGGCUGGGGGCCAGGGAGGGGUUGAAGGGCCAGCCUCACUGGGAGAAAGGUCAGAUGAGGCCCCGUGCUUGCUUUCCUGGGGAGAAUGGUAAGAGGGAUGACAGAGAAGGGAAGCUUUUCUUAGGAUUCUGGUGACAGACUGGAUACAUUGCACAAUUUAUGAGCACUUGUAACGCGCCAGGUGUUGAGACCAGGGUGAGUGAGACUGACUUCAGGAGCUGCUAGUCCAGAGGUUGUUACAUUCUACAUAACAAGGCUGUGACAGGCGACUCGAGGAAGGACCCCCACCUAGCCAGGCACGGAGGACUGGACGUAAUAGGCAGGCUUUCUGGGGAGUGUUGUCUCAGCCUUUAGGGACCUUGCUGACAGGAAACCCGUCAUUUCACAAUGCCACACGGUACAGAGGGGCUGGACAGAGGCAGCCCGGUGCGGUGGGGUGGCUGGUGAGAGCCCAAGGACCCGGAGGAAGGAGUAUCCUAGUGGAGGCUGAAGGGAGCAGGCGACCAGGUGGGAGUCCGAGGCGGAAUCUGGCUGGGCGGAAGGGUAGUUAGGGGACCGACGCUGGAGGUCGUCCCGGCAUGGUGAUGGGCGGUCUGGCUCCAGGGCUUGUUUCUCCAGGCGCCUGGCCCGGGAGCCCCGGGUACCUUCAACCAGCAACCGUUCCCAGGCCCCUGAGCGUUUCAGGGAGGCCCUGGUGGUGGAUCAUGGCAGCCUGGCGUCUCCUGGGAGAUGCCGGGUCUCAGCCCGACAGGCUGGUUCUCUGGCUCGCUGGGGACAUUGGCCAGAGAAUCUCGCCACAGAGACGGUCUUGGACGCUUUUCACCUCAGGCAUGGACCGUUAAAAUAGACACGCAGAAGCAACAGGGAUACCGUUCCCUCCCCUCCGCGUGCUCGUGUGGGCGUCGAGUGGGGGCGGGAGUCGCUCGCGGGCGGAAGGGCACAGGCGCCGGAAGCAGUCAUUGGCGGGUCUGGGCACUCCGGUUCCCAGCCGGGGUGGUCGGUCGCGGUCCUUGCGCGGCCGGCCGGCCCGUGUGGCUCCGGGUAGGUGGUGAGUCGGGGGCAAGGCAGCCAGAAGCGCUAAAACGCCUGGGGGCAGGGCGUGCAGCCUGGCGGAGGGCGGCGGGGGCGUUGGCGCCGAGGAGCGUCGCCCAUUUCUAGUCCUGAGGAAGGGCGGCUCGGAGGCCUCCCGCGGGCGGGUCCCGACCCGGAAGUGGUUCUGGGCUGGGUUCGGGCUGCGGGUGGGCGCCGCUGCCCCCCCAGAGCCUAGUUUCCCGGGCUUCCUGCCCGCGGUGCCCCUUCAGAGGCACGUCCGCGCGGCUCCUUCAGAGUUGGGCUCCCUUCCUGCGGGGAGUCUCAGGAUGGCCGAAGCCCGGGCUUGUGUCUCCUCUCUGCUGCCACUCCGCGUGCCUCCGCCCAGAACGAGCGCUCCGGCCUUGGGGAGGAGACGCUAACCCCGCGCGGCGGGAGGCGCGGGCCCGAGCUCCUCCAGGCGCCCCCGUGUUGUGCCGAGUGUUGUGCUGUAGCCAUUACCUCCUCGGGGCGCCUGGCGGUGCGGAGCCCGGUGGUGGGCCGUUGGGUGUGUGUGGGGACCGGAGCUGCCCGGGCCUGGGGAGCCCCGACCGCCCCUUCUGAGAACAGGCGCUGGCGGUGGAAACAGCUUGUUCGUUCGUGAAGGCCGUGGUAGCAAGUAGCCGUUCCCGAAGGUGGUCAGACCUUAGGUGGAGAUUCUUGAGGAAAAAGCGGACGUCUUCCAGUUGUUGCCCCACAUCCCGCCCACUGGGAGCUUGUGUUUCAGGACCCAUUUCUGAACAUUUGUAACUGUAGCUUCUCCCUGCGCGCGCGCACACAUGCUCCGCAGAGGUUGUUCUAAAAUAUUAACAGCGGGAUCGUGUUGUGUGAGGACUGCCGCUGAUUACUUCCUGUUUCCCACUGCCAUUUUUUGAUCUUGGCUAAUUGGUUUGGUGAAGUCUUAGAAUAUCCGUGAGGUUCGGUGGGGUGAGGUCC